GGACGCGCCUCCUCCAGAGGAGGAGAAGCACAGCAGUACGUCUAUCGAUGUCUGACAAGUUAGACGGGAAAAUGGUUCUAACGGUAUAUUUGUUAUUUUCAUGCCUCAGUAGUUUGACAGAGGCGAACUCAAGGCAUUUACCGAGGAUGAUUUUCACAGACAAAGAGACUGCAAUGAAAAGGUUAUCUUUAUCUGGUUACCUACACCAUGCACCCGUACAGAUCGUUCUGGAAGGAGACACCGUCACAGCUGUUGGACAAAAAAGCCUUAUUUCAUUCAACAUUCAAAAUCCUAAGACUCCUGUGGAAAGAAGUGUGUUGUGGGAAGAAUGCAGCAAACCUUCAGAAAGCGAUUGCAACUAUAAAAUCUCUGUGGUCCACAAGAGGGAAGAGGCCAACCAGAUGUUUGUGUGUGGAACCAAUGGCAGGGAAACAGUAUGCUGCGACAUGAAUUUUUCAGAGCAGUCACCCGAGUGCAUUCCCUCGGAAAAACUGAGGAACAUAAAAGAAAGCAUAAAGGACUUUAUCAUAAUGGAAGGGGAACCGUCUGCCCUCGUGGAAUCAACAGGAAGUGCAGAUCUCUACAUUACAUACUCUGGAUCUAAAGAGUAUGUUGGCAUCCACAAGUUUGGGAAAAACCGAGUUAGACCAGCAACCCGUGAUAAAGUUUAUAUAGAGCAGCACUACGUGGGUUUGGUGCUCAGCAGACGGAGAGACAUUCCCUUGCAGGACAGAGUUUAUGCCUUCUAUAAAGAGAAAAACAGAGACACGGGCUUGCACAGUGAAAUGUGGCUCCCUUUUGUGACCCAGAUUUGCAUGGCAGAUACUGGUGGUCCCAAGAACCUCCUGCAGUUUAGCUGGACGUCCCAGAUGAAUGCAAGGCUCUUCUGUGGAGACCCUGCCAGCAGACAGCACUUCUCUGAGCUGGUAGAUGUGGCUACUGUGCAUGCAGAUCAGUGGCAGGAUACCAGGGUUUAUGCACUCUUCACAAAUGAAUGGGGUAUGAGUGCUGUGUGUGUCUACACAAUACGAGAUAUUGACAACAUCUUCACCACCUCCCCAUUUAAAGGCUACAGCACAGUCGACUCAGGGAAGAGGCCUAGAACGUGUGCUUCAGACAGCACAAAGAUUCCUUUGGAAACCCUGAGGAUGAUCGAGAUGACUUCGGAGAUGGAGAAAUGGGUCCGGCCUGUGGACGACUCUGGCCCACUGUUCAUUAAUCACCACCACUACACUCAUAUCCACGUUGACAGUUCCCAGCACAAGAGGAACGAUCACCACCCGGUUCUGUUUCUGUCUCUAUAUAAUGGGGGGAUUCAUAAGAUGAUGCAGAAUAAAAAUUCGACCUUUGUCAUCGCUGAGUAUCAACCUUUCAACCACAAGACCAUCAUCUUCAGUAUCACCCUUCACCCCUCCUCUAAGAAGCUGUAUGUGAACUCUGGAAGUGAACUGGUCCAACUGGAUGUGGCCAACUGUGCCCAGUAUGGAGACAGCUGUGAGGAAUGUAUCUUAGCCAGAGACCCCUACUGCGGCUGGAACGGCACCCACUGCACCCCUGAGACAAAUGAUACACUGCAGGAUGUGACGCAAGGGAACCAUACCGUCUGCAUGUCUGUGUCAAAGGUUCAGCUGCCUGGAAAAGUGUUUAGAUAUUCCACUGAUGCACAUGCAGACAAGGCCAAGGGCAGCAUCACGCUUCCCUCUCAGUCCAAGUAUUUCCUCCAGUGCCCGGUGUCUUCCCAUCAUGCCCAGUAUACCUGGCAUCACCUUGAUAGCUCCACAUCCUGCGGCUCGAGGGAGCAGCAGUGCCUUCUUCUGAUCAACAGCAUGGGUCCCGAGCAGGUGGGAACUUACGAAUGUGUGUUGGAGGAGAUGGGCUACAGAAGAGUCCUGGCACAGUACCAAAUACAGCUGGAGAGCAGGGCGGCGGGCCAUUCAUCCAGCCCACUGGUCUGGGUUUGUCUAAUGGCUGUUCUGAUCAAGAGUUUGUCCCAUUAGUCCCGAGUAAAUAACAUAAUACGAUAAAGGAUAAUACUGAAGAAUCACCCCACUUCUAAGUGUCUGUAGACAUGCAGUAGCUAGGGCUGCGACAUUAUAACUAGAAUGAAAAUCCUUUGAUUAGAUUUUGUGACUGCGAGUCCAAAUCGUAAUUAUUUCCUGUAAUUUAACUAACAAAAUAAUUUUGGUAUUUAUGUAAACAUCUUGACAUAUCAGCGUCAGUAGAGUGGACAUUGUUAAUGAAAACAGAUGUCUCAGUCGUGCCAACCGUCUGCUUUAUUGAUUAUGGAAACUAAAGUCGCUACAAUUGUAGCAGAAUGUAACCAGUGAUGCAAUAUUUUGUCAUUUGUAAUUUAAGUUAAACUUUUUGAUUGUUAUACUAUUAAUAAUUCCGUUCUAAUACCUAUCUCAAUGCAAAACUACUGUAUGGAGCCAGCCCCAGUUCAUGCCUCUCAUGUAUUAUAUACUAUAUACUGAUAAUUCAACUUUUUUAAUUUUGUUACGGUGUCAUAUAAAUUGAGCUAUGAUAUAUUAAGAAAUGUCCCCUCCGCUAUCAUCUUUGGAUUAAGCAAUACAUGUAGAGUUGCAACUUGGGAAACUGGUUAAAAAUCUAAACUGUGUUAAAAGCUGUUAAACGACCUUCUGGGUUUUUGAAAGUUUGCCAUUAUUUUUCAGAAAACCAGGUGCUUAACUGGAAUGUAAUAAUACUACUACAUGAACUGGGGCAAGGGUGCCGCAUGCAGGAAACCUGUGUUGGGUAGCCUGAAAAAUGUUGAAAACACAUUGAUGCAGGUAAAAAGGAAAGCAACUUGGGUCUUGCGAUAUGAUAGUAGCAUUAUUUUGAAAUGCUAUCUCUUUAAGUGUUUUGCAUCCAUUUCCUAUAAUAUGAAAUUCUGUCCUAAUGGAGUUGACAUGCUCUCCUCGCUGUACUUUCCUCUCUUGCAUACUACCUCAGACUUGCUUGACAGGCUUUCGGGUUACAACAGACUGAGCCAUGUUCUGUAAUUUAAGACUUCUCUGUUAGUCAAGUUAAAGGUAUCACAUUCAUAUUGUGAAAUACUGCUGAGAUGUUGAAAAUGCUAAGUUGAGUGGUCCUUUUUAUAGUCAUGAUUAUUUUUGUCAGUGAAGUAUGAAUCUGAGUAGAGAUAAUGCAGUUGUGACCUUUUACGGUGUUUCAGACAGCGAGUGGUUGCCGCGACAGCGUAUACUAUAUAUUGCCAAAUGUUUGCGCUUAUACGAAUUAAGCCACAAUGUUAGUUAAUACAAAAUUCCGCCCACAAGUAUUUUCUAACUGCUGCUUUCAGUUACCUUAAAGCCAAGGAGUUUUAGCACUUUAUUUGUUUGUAUGAUAUGUGUUUGAUAUGAUCGAUUUAUUAAUUAUUUUACAACGCAGGGUUGUAUAAUGAGAUUUUGUUUUGUAGUUCCCUUUGUGGUACUCAAACAAAGAUAGAUAGAUAGAAAAGUCACAGAAAUGUGAUAAUUGUUAUCUUUAAAGGGUCGGUUCACUGAAAUAACACAUCUUUAACAUUACCGUUUGGAUUCAAUGUUUUGUGCAGAUCUAUGAAUAAAUCUCUUGAACUUGACUGGUAAUUGCAAGUAAAGACACAAAUUUGGUAAAAAGGAAAAUCCCUUUCUCAUUGUCCCUCAGAGUAAAUAAUGAAGCAAUAAAAAAAAGAAGCUUUGGUUUUAUUAGAUAUAUCCAUCUCUCAGAUUUCUGCCUCCACACCAAACAAUGGAGGUGAAUGCUGCCUCACUGCAUUAAAGAUUUCCCAGAUGCGCCCCGGUUGCUGUUUACAAUGCCCACUGCCUCUUAUUUAACUGGAGGCUGUAAACAGAAUGUCAUUCUGAAGAGAAUAGCUACUUUUACAGUGCUGCUGAUUGUUUUUGAUGAAUACAAUCAAUGAUUUUUUAAUGUAAACUAUUACAUGGCCAUGUUUGUUAUAGUUGUUACAUGAUCCGCAACAUUUCUCUUGUGAUCUGUACAUACUGGCGCUUUGUAAUGCGCAAAUAAUAUAUAUUUUUUUUUAAAAGGUAAGAAAAUAAAAUUAUAAACCAUG